CGGCCUCGCCGUCGACCGCCGUCGACUGCGCGCGCGCGCGGCGAGCGGAGAUACUCCUUGCAGGCGCCACAAUGUUUUGAACCAAACCUACCCAACGCGCUGGAGGUUAACUUUGGGGACUUUACCGUGUAAAGCCGACAUGUCGAAGGAGCGCAUAUACAGUGUGACAAAGGCAGACAUCAAAUGUUGUGCUAAAAACUGUACCACCAAUGAAGCUGACAGAUAUUUCUUCACUUUUCCUCCAUGUGAUGUAACAGAUGAAAAAAGUAUUGAGCGAUGUCGCUCCUGGGUCAGAAACACUGGCAAUAUUGAUCUACUGAAAUGUAAAUCUAGUGAGUUGGCUGGUAAAUUUUACUUGUGCUGUCACCAUUUUGCUGACUGGACUGCUGUCUACAACAACGAUGGCAGCCAACGAUACAUAGCCGCUGAUGCAGUGCCAACCAUUUUUGAUUCUCAGCCUCUAAGCAAGAAACAGUUGAAACCUUUUCCUGUGACCCCUCAAUCAUCAGAAGAAUCAGAUGAACGAGAUGAACCAGAUAUAAGCUUGGAUAUCCCUCUUCCUGAAAGUAUAGACUGUGUUGAGAAAGAUACAAAUGGUGAUCCGAUACCUGAGCCUGAGCCAGACCGAGCACGUGUUGCUCCCACUCUUGAUCAUCUUGAAUCAAUAAAAACUGAGACAGAUGAUACCAAUGUGAACAAUGGUGAUACAAGAAAUUCUGAAGCUCAGGUGUCAAAACAAAACAAGAGUUCUUCCGAAUCUGAAAAUUUCCAAGUGGAUUCAAGCCCGACGGUAAAAAAGAACUCAGUCAAGAAAAAGAAAUCCUCAAUAGAGAAACCAUCUUCUAGACCCUCACGGAAAGCAAAGCAGGAUGCAGUUAACAGGAUAAGCAAACAAUUCAUUCCCGCCAAAGAUUCUGAAGAUUCUAAUCCUCAAAAUUCCCCUGAAGAGGUUGACAAAAAUGCACAGAAUCUCUCUAAGUCUCCCAACGGCAUUGCCAAUACUAACUCUGAAAAUCCACCUCCCAAAAAAUUAAUUCUGUCAACCUCAUCAAUGUCACCAGAAAGAGCCUCUGCUAAAUAUAGGAUUGUCUCUAAAGAUGUAGUCUCAAAACUUGGAACUGUAGUGUCGUUGAAGCCUUCUCCCGUAGUAUCAAAUAAUUUUGAGGAGCGUAGGAAAAAUAUGACUGUACUUCAAGAGCCUGGAUCAAAAUCAAAGCAAGAUCAGCAGAUUCACUUAAUUGUUUCACCGCCACCAGUGUCUCAGGCUUAUCUUAGUACGGAGUCCAUGGGCUUAAGAUCGAUUCUUCCAAAACCUAGCAAUGUUUCAUCAUUUAUUGAUAAACCUCCCAUUACUGCUUUCAAUUUAAUAACUGUGCCAAGAAUAGAUAGAAAUUUCACUGAUUCUUUUGAUAGUGUGACACCUAUUGCAAGGUCAUCUUCUACUCAAACAGAAACAAAGAGCUCUGAACGAUUUGUUCUUAAAAUAUUAGAUUGUGACAGUAAGUUAUCUGUCUUUACAGGGCUACCUUCAUAUGAUGUGUUAGAUAAAAUAACGGAUGCUACACUUAGAAUGGUAAUACGUAACAAGACAACAAUCAGUGACAUUGAGCCAACUAUGCGGUUGUGGAUUAUGUUAACGUGUACGAAGUUCAUGCUUGGUAUUUCUACUGAAGCACUGUCUGUCAUGUAUGACCUUUCUAUAGAUGAAUGCCAAAAAGUUGUUGAAAAGACAAGCCUCUUUUUAAGGAAAACUUUGUCAUUGCCUGACUGCCAAAAAUAUGUGUUUAUGAUACCCAAUCAAGUUUUAAAUGGUAUAGCUGACUUUUCAGACUCAAUGAUAAGCUAAAGCUUCGUCUUGUUGAAAAGUUAUUCCAGGUCUAGUAUUUUUAAUUUAAUGACCUCGAAUUUUAACUUGUAUUAUCUCUCACCUCUCAAUUAUUUUGGUUUUAGAAAGCAAAUAUUGAUAGCUAGUUUUUUUUAUCUUAUUUUUCCUACAAUUUUUUUUGUUGUGUUUUCCAAUGAAGUUUUGUACCUUUUGAUAUCUCCAUUCUUCUUGGCAUUAAAUAUGUUUUGUAGUGA